UCCUUAUUGUGCUGAUCAGCAGUUUAUUUCUCAGCAGACUCAGUUUGGACUGGGUGCCUAUUUUAGUUUGGUUUCUUACUUAACUGAUAGUGAUACAGCCAGGCAUUAUAAUAGUGACAGUCCUAAGGUCCUUAUUUCUGUGAUAUUCGUUAGUGACUGAUUUUACCCUCCUCCUCUCACUUUCUCUAAAUCUGAGACGAACUGUUAACUUUGUAAAGUCAGGAAAGUUUAUAGUCAUCAAAUUUCAAAAAACUCGUUACAAACAGAUAUAACAUCAUGAUGGGGAAAGGAAAGCAGAGAAAUAAACAGAAAAGAGAUCAAUCGGUUACAAAUGGUGAAAAAACAAUUAGCGUAACCCUGAUCCUGGUGGUGUUCAGCUCCACGUCACAAGAGAAGUGUUUAGAGGAACAACACCAAAAACAUGGGCUAGAAUGGGGGCCCGCUUUACAGGUAUUUGCUCGACGUAAAGCUGAAAGUAUGUUGGAUGAUAAGGUAAGACGUAACAGACGAAGUCUUGAGAUAUUAUCAGAGAAAGACAGAUUAGGGUUUUACGAAGGUGUGCCAGUAUACCUAGAAUCAGUAACGAGACCCAACCUGGGAGUACACCACCACAUGUGUUCCCUCUAUAUGGACCACGUAGAAGAGUACACCCUGGGAAACUACAAGGAGAGUUAUGGAGUCAAUAAGGUUGGGUGUGAUAUAGCUGAGAACAGACAUACCAUUGCUGCUGUUUGUGUUUAUAAGAAUCAGCCUAAGAGUACAUCAUAGAGUUUCAGCUGUUUGUGUUUAUAAGAAUCAGCCUAAGGGUACAUCAUACCAUUGCUGCUG